AUGGAGAUACCUCAGCCGCCUCCAGAUGUAGAAUUGAGGAAUAUAAUCGACAAAUUAGCCCAAUUCGUUGCUAGAAAUGGCCCAGAAUUCGAGCAGAUGACUAAAAACAAACAGAAGGGUAAUCCGAAAUUUCAAUUUCUGUAUGGUGGUGAGAAUUUCGCCUAUUAUCAGUACAAAGUUUCAACAGAACAAGCCAUAUUCAAACAACAGCAACAGCAAGGUAAUAUUGUGAGUGACCAAAACAGCAAUUGGAAUACCCCUCCUCCUCCUCCAAUGCAGAACACUGCAGAAAUUGAACAGAUAAGCAAACAGCAGGAUACCUUGAGAGAGCAAAUCAAACAGAGUGAACAUAAUUUAACAGCUCAACACACAGUUCUCAUCCAACAGCAACAGGCACAGGUUGAACAAACAGUAACCAAAUGUGAAGCCAUAGAUUUGCAAAAAGAGGCUGAUAGAUGUGAAAUAUCACUCACUGAGGUUUACAGUAUCCUACAGCCUAUAAUAGACAGUUGUACAAAAGAUAGUAUAAGUAAUGGGAAAUCUUGGUUUCUACAGCAUGCCACAAACAAACAAAAAGCUUGUUGUAUUGUUGAGUGUUUAUUAUACAAGUGA